UGCAAGAGCCAAUCACAAGUCAACAAGUACCUUAAAGUGUGUCUUUAUACACGGGCAAUCUGUUAUUAUUUGACUGAUUCUCUUGUUUAUUUUGCACUAUAAAUCAGUACUUGUUUCCCCUUUGGUUUAGCAAGUUCUACUCCAAAUAUGAGAUUUAAGCUUGUGGCAUGUCAAUGGUCACAUAAUGUACUUCCUCAGUCUUUUACUUCUCAAAUGCCCAGCUCAAGUAGGAUAAGUUCAUCAAUUUUGUCUUCUAGUACUAAGAUACCUCAAGAGUUUAGGUUGUUCAGGGGACCUGUUACAAGAGGUGGAACGAUUAGACGUUCGUGUAGUGCCAACCUAGAUGAUGUAUCCGAUGAAUUUUCUUCAGAGUAUAUUAAGGAGUUAGCCCAGAGUUUCGAGUUAUCUUGUGAUGGUGUUAUUGAUGAAGAAAAUAGCAAGACUAAUCCUAUUUGUACACUCUCUGAGUCGAAUUUCUUAAUAAGCGAACAUAGGAGGAGCGAGUAUACUGAAACUGGGACCUUUUCGCGAUUGAAGCUUGAUUACCUAGAGCCUCUAAGGUUAGGAAUAAGACCCAGCCCACCAAUUUGGCCUGAGAGAGAAGAGGUUUUGCGUGCCAGCAUAGAGAGAAAGGUGAACAGCAUGGAGAUUCCUUUGUCACUUCGGAUGAUUAAGAAGAAGCAGCAGAGGCACGGGGGUUUUGGGGAUACAGGAAAACUUUAUUCUUGUUCGUUUCAGAAGGCAUUCUCUUCCAUGGAAUUCAUCAUUAUUGAGCUUCAAAGCUGUGCAUUACAAAUACGAGAAGUGCUUUGUGAUGAAGAUUUAGAAGGGAUUAUAGCCAAGGUACAGCGCGACAUGCAUGUAUCAUUCUUGUGGUUGUUUCAGCAAGUGUUUUCAAGGACACCAGACCUGAUGAUUAAUGUGAUGGUGCUUCUUUCAAAUUUCGGUGUAUAUGCCACUGCACAUAACAUUGGUAGUGAAGCGCCUCUGAUCACGGGACCAUUACAUGAGAGCACAACGGAGGCACUGUCUAUGAAACAGCACAAUUUUAUUAGUAUUGAUGAUAACAGACGAUUGAGUAGAUCAGUACCAUCAUUUGACUACCCAAGUGAUGUUCCUGAUGAUGAAAUUUCUCAGGAACUUGACAGUGUAGAGGAACUAAAAUUGUGGAACUCUAUGGUGGAUGAAGCAAAAGAGAUGCAAGUGGCUGGUCUGGAAGACAUUGUUUCUGAUCAUGACGAGUUGCAAUGGUUUGUAUCGCCUGUAACAGUGGAGAUUGAACCAGACGAUAAGAUGGACUAUUUUAAAACUGAUCUGUUAUAUCAGAUGGGUUUAUCUCGAGAUCCUGACAACUCACUUCUUCUUUGCAAUUAUGCCCAAUUUCUUCACCUGGUUGCCCAUGAUUAUGACAGGGCUGAGGAGUGCUUCAAACGCGCAAUACAAGUAGAACCACCGGAUGCAGAAUCCAUGAGCCACUAUGCCAAUUUCUUGUGGAAAGUGAGAAAGGACUUGUGGGGAGCAGAAGAGAAAUACAUACAAGCCAUGGCAGCUGAACCAGACAAUUCGUAUCAUGCAUCCAGAUAUGCCAAUUUCUUAUGGAACACCGGUGGUGAAGAAACAUGUUUUCCGCUUGAUACAUCUCAGAAUAACAGCAAGGCCUUGUAAAGAAGUGAUUCUCUUCAUGACCCCUGAGCAUCUUGCUCAAGAACAGCACAUAUUCACCAUAUCUGGCACUGUUAGGGGCAUAGCUUGAAGAGCAGGCAAGUGUACUGAUAAGUGAAUUUUGAAAUAGUUGCUUACGAUUUUGUAGA